GAGAGAGAGAGAGAGAGAGAGAGAGAGAGAGAUGCUCGAGCUCAAAACCAACAGCACAAAAAGGAAGAGAUGAGCUAUUGAAUCAAGACCCACUUCCAGAGAUUCGUCAGCAAAAUCAAUAAUAGCAAUUCGACAGCUUCAUAUUUUGUUUUUCAAUUCUUCUUUCAGGAUGUUGAGGGAUUUCAAAUUCCUCCGCUCAAAUUCCCAAAAGAAAGAAGAGCCCGAGAACGUGCCGCCGAUGAACCCAAAGGACUUAUUGGCGAUCCGAAUCAGCUCCGAGUCUUCGAGAGCUCCAUUUAACACGAUUCAAGAGCUCGCUCAGCUUCCCAAGCCAGAACAAGAAGUGGGUAUUCGGAGCAGGGUUGAAAAGACACCAACUAAGGCUUCCAAGGCUAAAACUUCUGAUCCCACGUUGCCUCUUCGGACCCCCGACAAGCACGGACCUGGGUUCUCUACCCGGAAACGAUUUGGCUGGGCCCAGAAGACUGAACCCAGUUGUAUGACCACCAGCGAUUCGCAUGAAGAUGGGGCUAAUUGUUCGACCCAAGUGAGCAGAGGAGGUGGUGGUACUGGAAAUGGGGGUUUGGCAAAUGUGACUCCUCGGGUAAUGAGGACAGCUGGGAGGGCUGUUUCGAGUUAUUCGGAGAGUAAUUCGACGCAGACAACACCGACCAAGAGUGUUUCAAAGCCUCCGAAUUCGGGUUUUCGGAAUAAAGUUGAUGGAAGUGUUGGUCCUCGAGGAGGGAACUAUGCCGCAAUGUAUAAAGGGAUUCCCAUUUCUUGUGGUCCAUCUACGGUGGUUAAUACAGUGGAAGUGCCUCACUUUGAUCUCAAGGAAGAUCCCUCUUUCUGGAUGGAUCACAAUGUACAGGUUCUUAUUCGGGUCCGUCCUCUCAAUAGCAUGGAGCGGAGUAUGCACGGUUACAGCAGGUGUUUGAAGCAAGAAAGUGCUCAGACAAUUUCUUGGAUUGGGCAACCAGAAAGUCGGUUCACAUUUGAUCAUGUAGCCUGUGAAACAGUUGAUCAGGAAAUGCUUUUCAGGAUGGCUGGUCUCCCGAUGGUAGAGAAUUGCUUGUCAGGGUAUAAUAGUUGUAUGUUUGCCUACGGUCAGACAGGAAGUGGAAAGACAUAUACAAUGCUUGGGGAGAUUGAAGACUUAGAAACCAAGCCCAGUCCACACCGUGGAAUGACGCCCCGCAUUUUCGAAUUUUUAUUUGCAAGGAUUCAAGCUGAAGAGGAAAUCCGGAGGGAUGAGAAAUUAAAAUACAAUUGCAAGUGCUCUUUCUUAGAGAUUUACAAUGAACAAAUUACGGAUCUCCUUGAUCCAUCAUCUACCAAUUUGCUUCUGCGGGAGGAUGUUAAGAAGGGUGUUUACGUAGAAAAUCUCUCUGAAUUUGAAGUUUGUACUGUGAGCGAUAUCCUGAGGCUUCUAAUCCAGGGUUCUUCAAAUAGGAAAGUUGCUGCAACAAACAUGAAUAGAGAAAGCAGUCGUUCACACAGUGUCUUUACUUGUGUAAUUGAGAGUAGAUGGGAAAAAGAUUCCACAGCUAAUCUACGUUUUGCUAGACUGAACCUAGUUGAUCUGGCUGGUUCAGAAAGGCAGAAAGAUUCUGGUGCUGAGGGUGAACGGUUAAAGGAAGCUGCUAAUAUUAAUAAAUCACUAUCUGCACUGGGUCAUGUUAUAAUGGUUCUAGUGGAUAUGGCACAUGGGAAGCUGAAACAUGUACCAUAUAGAGACUCUAGGCUAACCUUCCUUCUACAGGACUCACUCGGUGGAAACUCCAAAACAAUGAUCAUUGCAAAUGUCAGCCCUUCUAUCUGUUGUCAAGCUGAAACACUGAAUACCCUUAAGUUUGCUCAGCGAGCAAAGCUUAUUCAAAACAAUGCUGUGGUGAAUGAAGAUGCUACAGGCGAUGUCAUUGCCCUACAACACCAAAUACGGCUUUUAAAGGAGGAGCUUUUCAUUCUUAAGCGUCACAAUGUCUCCCGAUCUUUAUCGUUUGGUUCGACCAAUAUUGAAGACACACAAGUACGAAAAAUUGAUUGUAAUGGAAAUGUAUCUGAAAUGGACCUCGAGUGUGAUGAUGAUUUUCCGGAAAAUGGAUCAAAAGGAACUGUGAGACUUUCCACCAAACAGUUAAAAUCUUUGGAGACAACACUUGCGGGUGCUUUGAGAAGGGAGCAGAUGGCAGAAACCACCAUCAAGCAACUUGAAGCUGAAAACGAGCAGUUGAACCGUUUGGUUCGUCAAAGAGAGGAAGACACCAGGUGCACUAAAAUGAUGCUUCGGUUUCGGGAAGACAAAAUUCAGAAAAUGGAGUCACUUAUUAGUGGUUCUAUUCCUGUGGAGACUUACUUACUGGAGGAGAACAAAACACUUUCUGAACAGAUUCUGCUACUUCAAGCAAAACUUGAUAAGAAUCCCGAAGUAACUCGCUUUGCAUUGGAGAAUAUAAGGCUUUUGGACCAACUUAGAAGGUUUCAAGAUUUUUAUGAAGAAGGGGAGAGAGAGAUACUCUUGGAUGAGGUAUCUAAACUGCGAGAUCAGUUGCUUCAAUUUCUUGAUGGACACUCUAAGAACCAUAGCAUUCCAAAUUUUAGUAUGAAUCCACAGGAAACCAUGUGCACGAACGAAGAGAAUGAUUCCCGCAAUUCAGAGUUAAAGAAUACUCUCCAUGAGUUAGAGGAAUGCAGGCGGAACUUAAAUAAUUGCAUGGAGGAUAAUGCAAAACUCAGCAGGGAAAUUGAUGAUCUGCGCACAAUGCUGAACAAUCUCAAGCCCCUUGCUCAACAUGGUGGUGUAGCUCUGGAGGUGCACAAUGCAGUUCAAAUUGAGAAGAUGGAACGGAAGGAUGACCAUCUAAGAAAACAUGCGGAAGAGAUUUUGAAUUUACAGCUAGAAUUGGAUAUACUGAAUAUCAUUCUUAAAGAAGAGAGGACUACUCAAGAAGAAAGGGUGUUUUUCUUAAAUAGAGAUCUUCAGCUGGCAAAUGAAGAACUUUUUCUGAUAAGCAAACAACAUGAUGAUGCAAACAGCAAAUUGCAAGAGGCUAAGUCUAUUAUUGAAGCUCUCGAGUCUCAGCAAAUUCUGUCAAUCAAUGAGCUUGAGGAUAUGAGGAAUAGUAACAAUCAUUAUGUUCAGCUUUUGAGUGAACAGCAGCUUGAAUUGAAGGCUCUGAAGGAACAACGUAAUUUUAAGGAGUUUAGAGACUUAUCACCUUUGAACUGCUCAAACAACCAUGACUCGCCAUUACAGGGAAAUUUGAAAAGGAUGCAAGAUUCCCUUGAAAAAGCAAAGAGACUGAAUACGUGGUACCAAAGUGAUCGUGCAUUUCAAGUGUCAAAUGAAGAAGAAAUGGAUGAAGUCUGCAGGCAGGCUGAGGCUGAAACUGCUGAGGUGAUUGUCUGUAUGCAGGAAGAACUUGGCAUGCUUCAGCAGCAAAUUCAUGAUAGCCAUUUGAAAGAAUUGGAGAUGAACAAAAAUGUAAUGAUUCUGGAAGCUGAACUGAAGGAUGUGCGAGAAAAGUUGUACAUGUUGAACAAAGAUAAUGAAAGGUUAGGUAAAGAGCUUGAGGAGAAAGAUGGGGAAGCAAGAACAUUAUCAGAAGAAUGGGCAUUAUUGUCCAGUGAGAUUGAAGAAGUUCUUUCUGAUGGGUGUGAGGUACUAGAUGGUGCCUCUGAUCAACUUGACCUUAUAUCCCAUUCCUUUCCGCAGAAAAGGAUUUGGAUUUUGCAACAAGUUGGAAGAAUUGUACAAACCAUCUGUGAAAAGGAAUUUUUGAUUGAAGAAUUGAGGAAGUGUUUAGAGGAUGCAAACAACAAGAAAAGUAAUGUGGAGUGCAUGCUGAAGUCUUUGAGAGGAGCUGCACUAGUUAUUACUGAAGCACAUGAGCAGGAAAGUCGUGAAAAGGAGACAGAAAUGGUCAUGAUGACAACGCAGUUGAAUGCAAAGACAUCUACAGUGGAAAAGCUGGAGAAUAGAGUAAGGCUGCUUGAAGAUCAGAUAAGAAAAACAUCAGUUUGUGCAACAGGUGCUUUCGUUGUUGUGAACAGAUUAGAAGAGAUGAAACUUGAUUAUGAAGACGCUUUAAAGCAUAAGAAUAUUCAGCUUAGUGAAUCAGAAGACUUGAUCUCAAUGAAGGUUGCCGUUCUCAAUGAUCAGGCAACUGUGAUAGCAGAAGGAGAGAAAAAAAUUCAGUCUCUAAGUGGGGAAGUUGAAGAGUGGGAGAGAACCUGCACCAAUCUAAGGCAGGAGCUUUCUGAGGAGCGGCAACGUGCUUGCACUAUAGAACAGAAGCUUGAAGAUGUUGAAGAGAAAAACAUUUUGAUGACAAAGGAGAAACUAGCUGAGCUAAAAACUGGUGUAUCCACACUCAGGUCAUGCAUGAACACACAUGCGGAGCAUCAGACAAGUUCUGAAAUGAAGAAUUCACAAGUAUCUUGUAAGACUUCCAAAGGAGAAGGAGGUGGAUGGAUAGCUACGGGAACAAUUAUAGACCAGAAUGGAAACAAACAGUUUGUUGAAGACCUAAGAGAUGAUUUAUCUGAGUGUUCUCUUGAAGCUGGGAAGAGUAUUAGCGCUAAUAUAUGCACUUGGGAAAAUUUGAAAUCUGACAGACCUUCCAAGGAAGUGAGUGGUAGAGAUGUUACCAUUAUUCUUCUGAAAAAGGAAAUAGAAGCUGCCCUUGAUAGCUUAAAAGAGGUACAGGCUGAGAUGGACAAACUACGUGAAGAGAACAAAGCGAUGUGCAAGUCCGAGCAACAGAGUCAGGAAAGCAUGAAAUAUCUCAAAACUCAGGUCCUUAAUCUGCAAUCAACUAUGAAUAACUUAGAAAGGCAAUCGAAAGUGAAGUUGGAAGCUCACAAUCAUAGACUGGAAGCAUUUCAACAGAUUGUGCAGGAAGCUGGCUCUCAUUGGUGCCAAACGAAAGAGCUAAUGGAAAUAGAAUUUGAUGAUGCAAAGUUAGUUGCAGAUCAGAAAACCGCUGAGGUCUCUUGCAUUCUUCCUAAGUUCGAAGAGGCUCAGGAUAUCAUAAAGGAAGCAGAUAUUAUGAUCAAUGAACUGAUGAUAUCAAAUGAAACAAUGAAGCUUGAAAUAAGAAGGCUGAAGAAAAUGGAAGCCUCAGUAACGAGUGACAGGGAUAUGUUACUAAAUGAGGUUCAAAGCUUGCAGUCCAUCAAUCAUCUGAGCAAUCAACAAUUUGCAGAAGUUGAAGAGUUGCUUGCCUCAGAUAUAAAGGAAACAAAGGCUCUGGUUGUAGAGCUGGAGGGCAUGCUUGCAGAGGUCCAGGCUAAUUACAACGAAAAUUUCAUGCUUUUAGCCUCUGAUUUCCGCAGUGUGAAGUCUCUGCUUUCAGACUCCUCAAAGUUAGUUCGUUCAUCACUUGAGGACAUCUGGUCUGAGAUAAUUGUGAAGGAUUGUGCAGUUUCAGUUCUACACCUCUGUCACAUGGGACUUUUGCUGGAAACAGUGACUGGGCUGAAUGCAGAGAACGGUCUGCUUCAACGUGGACUUUGUGAAUCAAGUUCUUGUAUAGCUGAUCUGAGGCAACACAACAUUAGGUCAAAAAGAGAGCUCGAGAUGUGUCAGAUUCUAAAGGGGAAAUUACUGACCGACAUUAAGAACAGUUUUGAUCACAUCACAAGGAGAGAAGAGGAAGCUGGGAAGCUUAAUAUGAAGCUCAACACUUUCGAGGAACAGAUAUCAGAACUUAAGUUUCAAGAGGAGUUAAUGCUGCAAAGGUCUAAUUAUAUGGGAUCUCAGCUUGCUAUUCUAAUGAAAGAGUUCGAUUUGAGCAACUCAAAUUUUGGUACAUCCCUUCUGGAUCAAGAGAAAUUUCUGAAAGAUAAAGAGGAGGCACUUGAAUCUCAAGCGGAGUGUUUCAUGAUAGAUUGGUGUGUGAAAGACUUUGAGUCACUUAUCUUGACAUCAGAAUUAGAAGAGAUGGCUAUGCACAAAGUUGAUAUGGAGAGAGAGCAUAUCACUUGUUGUGUGAUGCUUGAAGAUUUGAAGAAAGAAUUCAUUCUUUCAAAGGUUGAUGCACUGUUGAAAGAACAGUCCUUAGUGGAUGAAGAAGUUGAGGGUGCACAUCUGCAAAAGGAAGCCCAAAAGGAGAGGCAGGAUUUGUUGUCACAGCUGAACCAAAGCACUUUAAGGAUCACACAAAUAAAUGAAGUGAACAAGGCUCUUGAAAAAGAUAUUCAGUUGCUAAAGGACGUUGCUCUUUCAAAUGAUGCCUUGAAAGGUGAACUUGGUGAAGUUAAGCAAAUAGAGGUGAAGCUGUCGAGCCACGUUCAGACACUAGAAGCUGAAUACCAAAAACUACAAGAAGAUUUAAAAAUGAAGGAAAUGAACUUAGAAAUUUCUGCCCGACAGAUUUCUGUCCUUGAUCAGGACAACCAAAGGUUGCAGAAUGAUAUUUGCAUGUUGCAAACCUCAUCAUAUGGACUUCAAGGUGCUGUAGAGAAGAAAGAUGCCGAGCUGAGCAGAUUGAGUCACUUGGAGAUGGAAAAUGAGUCACUUAAAACUGACAUAGGGAAGUUAAAUGCAGAAAACAGCACGACCCUAAAAACUUUGGCAGAGAAGAAUUCUGAAUUCACAUCUUCAUUAAACCGUAUAAAUGUCUUUGAUAAAGAAAACUGCAGGUUGCAAGAUGAAAUUAUCUUGUUGGAGAUUCAUAUUACUAAUCUGGAGACUAAUCUAAGGGUGAAAAGUGCUGAACUGUAUGAACUCAAACAAUCAGAGUCUGCCAUUAUGGAAGAACUGUGCUCAAAAAGCCAGGAGUUGCAGAUCUGUCUUAGCAAAACUAAUACACUGAAGGAAGAGAAUGUUCUCUUCAGGGAAGAACUUUUGUCUCUCAAGAAAAGCAAGGAUGAAUUCCUCACCAUGUCAAAUGUGAACAGUAAGAAGUGCCUUGAUUCAGUGGAAACUGUGGAUUCAGUGAGUAACAUAUUACGUAAUAUGUUAAAGGGCGAAGGUUUCAUCAUUGUGGACAAAAUGUUUCAAGAAAUAUGUGAAACUGGAGAGAGAAUAUCUGAGUUCAUAGAGCAGGUCGAUUGCUUAGAGAGCCAUGCUAAGGAGCUGGUAUCGGAAAAUUUGUCUCUUCAGGCUGAAUUACUAAGGAAGGAUGACGUUCUUAAAGGAUUGUUAUUUGAUCUGAGCAUGUUGCAGGAAUCUGCAUCUAAGAAUAAGGAUCAACAAGAUGAAAUUGAGGAAAUAUUGUCUUCUUUGGAGGCUUUAGAGGAUGAGCUUUCAGCAAAAUCAUGCGAGCUUGGUCAGGCCAUUGCUAACAGCCAAAUGCUUGAAACUCAACUGCAGGAGAAAACAGACGUAAUCUCCACUCUUGAGUUGGGUAUAUUGGAAGAGCGUGAGUCUGUAAAAUUGCUGUCCAGUGAAAACCUUGAGCUGAGAGCUCAUAUGGAAGAUGCUUUGGAAGCAAAGAAUUCUGUCGAGAAGGAGUUGACAGAGAGACAGAAGAUAAUUGAGAGCUUGAAAAUGGAACUCCUGGAAAUGAGUAAUGCUCUUGACCAAAUGAAUAACUCGAAUGAAUCCUUGAGGAGCAAUAUGCAUGAACUUGCUAGUGAAAAGGAUCUUCUUCACAUUGAGAUGCUUAAGUUGAAGGAAAAGCUCGAAAGAGAACAAGCACGAGCGGAUGAAAUUGAAGCAAUUGCAAAUGAAGCUCAAGAGAUAGCUGAAUUAAGAAAGAACUUUGCUGACGACAAAGAGGCAGAGGUGAAGCUCUUAGAGAGGUCUGUUGAGGAGCUUGAACGUACUGUAGACGUGCUGGAAAACAAGGUUGAUAUUGUUAAGGGAGAAGCUGAACGACAACGGCUGCAUGGAGAAGAGCUUGAAUUGGAACUUCAUGCUGUGAAACAUCAGAUGCAGAAUGUUGAAAAUGCUAAUGCUGACAUGAAGAGAUAUUUAGAUGAGAAAGAGAAAAGCCUUCAAGAAGCCCUACAGAACAUACAAAUACUUGAGAAGGAUAUAGCUGAGAAGGAUGCAGAGAUUGCCCAAUUUAAAGCACAUAUCUCUGAGCUGAAUUUGCAUGCAGAAGCACAGGCUUGUGAGUACAAGCAGAAGUUUAAGGCAUUGGAAUCCAUGGCUGAACAAGUCAGACCUGAAGGCCAUUCCACUCAUGCCACAAGUUCAUCAAACAAGUCAGAGAAACAUGCCACAAAGUCUAGAGGCUCUGGUUCCCCAUUUAAAUGCAUUGGCUUGGGCUUGGCACAACAGAUAAAAUCUGAGAAGGAUGAAGAACGUACAACCUCAAGGGUCCGCAUUGAAGAGCUUGAAUCCUUAGCAUUAAGUCGACAAAAAGAGAUAUUUACUUUGAAUUCCAAAUUGGCUGCUGCUGAAAGCAUGACCCAUGAUGUAAUUCGGGACUUACUGGGAGUCAAGUUGGAUAUGACCACUUACGUGUCACUAUUGGAUAAUCAACAAGUGCAGAAAAUAACAGAGAAGGCCCGGCUUCAUAGUGUGGAAUCCGAAGAAAAGGAACAGGAGGUAGUUAAGCUGAAAAAACAGCUGAAUGAAUUCAUUCAGGAAAGACAAGGGUGGCUCGAGGAAAUUGACCGAAAACAGGCUGAACUCAUAGCUGUGCAAAUUGCUUUGGAAAAACUUAGGCAGCGAGAUCAGUUUCUAAAAACUGAAAAUGAAAUGCUGAAGGUGGAGAACGUAAAUCAUAAAAAGAAGGUGAUGGAACUUGAAGGGGAAGUAAAUAAGCUGUCUGGUCAGCAAAACCUCCAGCAACGGAUUCAUCAUCAUGCAAAAAUCAAGGAAGAAAAUCACAAGCUAAAAGUUCAGAAUGAAGAACUAAGCACUAAGCUCCGGCGGACAGAAGUUAUUCUUUCUCGUGUCAAGGAAGAGCUUGCUCGCUUUCGUGCUUCCUGUGGGAGGAAUCCUUAUGUUGAUUUUGAUGAGGAGCAACGAUUGAGUGGCAAACUGAAGGAAACUGAGGAGGAGAAAUUGCAACUAGCACAGAAAUUGUUAGGCCUGUGUACUAGUGUCUUGAAGGCUGCUGGAAUAACAAAACCAUCAACCCAUAUAAACCCAUCCAUUGCUGAAGAGGCACUCGAGCAAAUCAAGAACAAGGUUACUUCGAUGGAUAGAGAAUUGCAGGAUUUGAAGUACAAGAACAAAAUAAGCAGUGAAAGAAUUCGACUGUCAGAGCUCAUGCCACAAGCUUCACCAAUAAGCUCAAGGGCGGAUGAGAAUCGUCAAACUCCGAAAAGAAUGUCCCAAGCUCCAUAUUUUUCUCCCUUAGAUCGAUGACUUUAUUCUUUGAUGUAGAGAAUCAGAGUCUGGUUAGCUUUCUGCUAAUAUUUAUAUGUAUACAAGUUGUCUUUCUAAUGUCUAAAAGCUUUCAUUCUCAGCUGUAUAUUAUUAUUUUGCGGUUGUGUAAAUAAAACAGAUGUGAAUACACGUUAAUACAAAUUCAGAUUUUUCCAUUGUGCUC